AUGGACCACAAGACUGAUUCUACACGUAGUGUUGCAUCCCUAACAACCCGAUGGGGAACAAUUAAUAGGGAAACAGUUAAAUUUGUUGGGUCCUUAGCUAAGAUUGAAGCAAAGAAUGAGAGUGGAACCACGGCUCAUGACAAGAUUGAGAAAGCAAAGGAAUUGUUUAAAGAAAUUCACGGUUCCGUUUUUCAAUUUGAACAUUGUUGGCUAAUCUUGAAGGAUUAUCCUAAGUGGGCAUCUACUAUGCCUAGGGGAAAUUCAAGAAAAGAAAUGCCUCAAACUCCAGAUUUAAUAGAUCAAGGAGUGGAGGUUGAUGGCAUUAUGGAUUUGGAGAGGCCAAUAGGUAGAAAAGCUGAAAAGGCUAAUCGAAAAAGAAAAGAUGAUGGGAAAGAUAUUGCAACGGAAUAUUUGAAAAAGAAAAUGAAAGUUCUUGAAGAAGGUUGUGUAGCCGAAAAAGAGAGAAUACGUAUCAAAGCGGAAAAGGUUCGCUUGCAAGAGUUGAAAGAGAAUGAAAGAAUUAUGAUGCUAGACACAAGUGGUAUGAAUGAAGACCAAAAAGCUUUUUAUGAUGGACUCAAAAAGGAAAUCCUUGCAAAACAAAGAUCAAGUCAUUCGUUGGGUUGA